AUGGAAAGAGUGAAAAAUAUGGUUUCAGAAAAGCCAGUGGUAAUAUUUAGCAAGAGUUCAUGUUGCAUGAGUCAUUCUAUAAAGACACUUUUUUCUGGCUUUGGUGUGAAUGCAUCAGUUUAUGAACUUGAUGAAAUAUCAAAUCCGGAAGAGAUUGAGGAAGAACUUUCAAGACUUGGUUGUUCUCCAGUUGUUCCAACUGUUUACAUUGGUGGUGAACUUAUUGGCGGAGCUAGCCAAGUCAUGAGUCUUCACCUUGACCGCGGUUUGAAACCGAUGCUUAGAAAAGUUGGAGCUCUUUGGGUUUAA